AUGUCAUACAAUUUGCCACCUCAAAAUCUAAGUAAUCUGGAUCCGGAACAACGUGUGAAGUUUGUUAAAGCAACUGGGAACGAGAAAAAUAUUAAAGUUAGUGAUCCAGAUGAUAUCCCAGAAGCAUCCACUUCCAAGGACCCAUCCAAUACUGAAUCGGAUGGUUUCAGCGAAAUUUAUUCAGCCUUACUGGAAAAAUCAGAUAAAGCCAAGCCCAAAGUCAAGAAGGAAAAGCUAGAGCACGAUGAUGACAUAAUAAUUCUGGAUGAUGUAGUUAAAAAAGAGCCAAGAGUUGUUUCGAAAAAUUUAAAUAUACGACAUGUGAAUGGUUUUCUCAAAGCUGCAAAAGAAGGGAAUUUAGAAGAAUUGAAAAUGUAUUUGAGAAAAAAAAUUCCGAUAGAUGUCACUGAUUUUUAUAGCUGGACGGCUACAAUGUGUGCUGCGGCCGAGGGUCAUUUUGAAAUUCGCAAAUAUUUAUUAGAGAAUGGAGCAGAUCCGGGUGUCCGUGAUAAUAAUGGGAUGGGGAUUGCUCAUAGGAACACCACCAAUGAUUUUGUCAGAAAGUUAUUUGCCUAUUUUUGCAAUAGUAACCCAUCAUCCAAUUCUUCCGAACCGGACAAGUUUACAUUCUGUGAACUCUGCGAUGUAUUUAUACUGGAGAAAGAAAUCACUAACCACGUUUCCUCAAUCACUCAUCAGUUGAAUGACAAAAUCUCCACCGGUGCAGUUUCCCAAACCGGAAUUCAAAUUGGCCCUUCCAAUAUCGGCUAUCGUCUUAUGUGCGCGUCUGGAUGGACCGAAGAGCAAGGAUUGGGAAGACAUUCUGAUGGAUAUCGGUUUCCGAUCAAGACGAUUUUGAAGCGUAACCGCGCUGGUUUAGGCAUGGAAAGACUACCGCAAAAAGUGACACAUUUUGGACCAUUUGAGAGUAGCUGUACGAAAACGGAGAAGAAAAAGCCUGUGACUAAAAGGGUGUUGGAAGUCAAGAAGAAAAAAGAGGAUCUGAUUGCCAAACGUUUUCGAUCGGACUUUUCGGAUAAUGAUAGUGUUUAUGAUUUUUUCAAAUAA